AUGCUGACUGAACAGAAGCAUUCCUCUGAGGACAUACAACAUGUAACACAUGAACAGAAGCAUUCCUCUGAGGAGAUACAACAUGUAACACAUGAACAGAAGCAUUCCUCUGAGGAGAUACAACAUGUAACACGUGAACAGAAGCAUUCCUCUGAGGAGAUACAACAUGUAACACAUGAACAGAAGCAUUCCUCUGAGGAGAUACAAGAAGUGACCCAUGCAAUGCUGACUAAACAGAAGCAUUCCUCUGAGGAGAUACAAGAAGUGACCCAUGCAAUGCUGACUGAACAGAAGCAUUCCUCUGAGGAGAUACAACAAGUGACCCAUGCAAUGCUGACUGAGCAGAAGCAUUCCUCUGAGGAGAUACAACAUGUAACACAUGAACAGAAGCAUUCCUCUGAGGAGAUACAAGAAGUGAUCCAUGCAAUGCUGACUGAACAGAAGCAUUCCUCUGAGGAGAUACAACAUGUAACACAUGAACAGAAGCAUUCCUCUGAGGAGAUACAACAAGUGACCCAUGCAAUGCUGACUGAGCAGAAGCAUUCCUCUGAGGAGAUACAACAUGUAACACAUGAACAGAAGCAUUCCUCUGAGGAGAUACAAGAAGUGAUCCAUGCAAUGCUGACUGAACAGAAGCAUUCCUCUGAGGAGAUACAACAUGUAACACAUGAACAGAAGCAUUCCUCUGAGGAGAUACAAGAAGUGACCCAUGCAAUGUUGACUGAAGAGAAGCCUUCCUCUGAGAAGACACGAGUAACACGUAGAAUCCUGGGUGAACAGAAGCAUUCCCCUGACUAG